AUGGGCAUUACCUGGGACAAAGCAGCAAUCGAGCGCAUUAUCGCUGCAUUGCUAGCAUCGCAUCCUGGUUUCACACCCGACUACAGAGCCAUGGCUGUUUAUUUUGGUCAAGGAGCAACUUAUGAUUCUAUUCAGUACCGCUUUCGAGAGUACCGUAAGAUGGCUGAGGCCAUGACCGAAGGAUCUCCAACAAGCAGCCGUCGCGGUCCAAAUACACCCCGUACUCCAAGAACAACUACCAGUACUACUACUACUACUCCUCGCACCAACACCCGUGGAGGUGUCGCGAAGCCAGCUGCUAAAGCAACCCCGAAGACCCCGAGCAAACAUGCCACUCCGUCCAAAAUGAGAGGCGGCGCGUCGGCCGGGGACAGUAUCAUCCUGGACGAUGACGAUGAUCUUUUCGUGAAAGCCGAACCUAGCACACUUUCGCGCAAUCCGGGUCUAAAGAUUGAACAAGGCUCCCAGCACGGUUUUGGGAUUUUUAGCAUCAAACAAGAGGGCGAAUCUACCGAGACUACUACUACUAUCGCCCGUGCGCAGGAGAGCAGACAGGCCCGUGCGGAAACAGUUGUGGACAGUCAACAUGGCAGCACUAAUAUCGACGACCUUUUUGAAGAUUUUGAGGAGGUUGUCUAA